UAUAUUUCAUUAUGAACCUCUACCCUCUGAAAGAUAUCGAAAAACAUUCAAUAUCCAAGUCAAGGUCUGGUGUCAUCUGGCAUUGAAAAUAUUCUACGCUCUGCCAUAAUAAAUUGAGACGAUCUGGUAUCCCCACUAUUACAACUUUCCAGGAAAUUGUGCAAUUUAUAUUACGCAACGCUGCAUUGGUUAUACCAAUCCAGUUUACGGAAGAUUAUAUAGAAUAUUAGAGAAGAUAUUGUUAUAUUACAGCGAAGCGAAUGCACGCUGUGUGAAUAGUAUAUCUAAUAAAAAUACGCGUAGGAUAACAAAUUGUGCUACAAGAUUAUCUAAGCGCUUUUAAAUUUGCAUCCAUGGUGUUUGUCAAUGUAAAGCAUUUCUAAUCGAUUUGUAUCUGAACUUUUUUGUUAUUUAAUUGUUGGCUUCUUCAGGAAAAGGAUGAACGGAUUUCCCGUAAUUGUGCAACCACAAGAGCCAUUGAAAAGCAUCCGCUUUGAUUGUCGAGGAGCCGUGUAACCGGUUUUCGAACGUAACAGUUGUGCGCCCGCGAAAAGCGUUAAACCGUCAAACGACAGGCGCUCAGUUAUAGUUCACUGGCUGUGAAAAAUGGCGGCCAGUGUUGGUCGCUUGUAGAGUGUGUGAGAUUGAUCAUUUAUUAAAUAAUUUCAAAUGUGUGGAUCGUCAGAUAUUUUUUGUUUUUAAACGAUAUCUAGUGAUAUAUUUAACGCGGUGUCUUGUUCUACAGUGACUGUUAUAUGCGAACAGGAUCGAUUGACCGUGAAAAGUAUUUUUCUUGGCGGCUCCUUUGACAGAUCCACUCUAGACUUGGAUCUUAUCGUAAUCUUAUUUAUUAUUUUACGAGACUAAUUUCUGCCACUUAUUACAAGUGUAACCAAUAAUUAUAGAAUUUUAAUCUGUAUAAUUAUUUAUACGCUAAGUCAUUAUAUGAUAUGGUUCAUGCUUUUGGUUUUGUUUAUUAAAGAACUGUGACAGUGAUACACUGUUGAUACUCAGUAUAGAGAUUCAGUUAUGGAAAAAUUAAAAAUGUGACUGAGGGAUAUUUGUAUUAUAUAUCAAAUGUGCAUACCUAGUGUGAUUGGUAUAUACAAUGAAAUAAUGAGUGAUAAACUUUAUAUUUGGCAAGAUAGCAAGAAGCUUUUUUGGAGUCAUCAACGCAACUUUGGUGGUUAUUUCUUUGAAUAUCUCUGAAAUAUAUUGCAGGAUGGAGGAUUAUACACCAGUGGACGAAGACUUUCCUGGACGUUUGCUUCAUCAAGCUGCACUCUGGGAUAACGCUGAACUCCUCGAGGAUCUUUUGCAUGGUGAGCAUGCCCAGUAUACGAAUAGUCAGGAUUCAUGGGGACGUACUCCACUCCAUGCUGCUGCCAUAACUGAGAACUCUCGAUGUCUGGGUGUUCUUCUCUCUGCUGGAGCUAAUCCCAAUAUACCAUGUGGUCCACGGGGUCAUUACCGUACUGCAUUACAUAUUUGUGCUGAACAUGGACACCUUUCUAAUGUUGAAAAGCUGCUGGAAUUUAAUGUCGACUUGACCUUACAGGAUAACAAUGGUCUGACACCAUUGGAUAUUGCAGAAAAGAGUGAACACACCAAUUGUACCAACUUGCUAAAACUUGCAGCAGAGAAGUAUGAACUAGCUAGGCUUGCAGCACAUGCAUCUUUACGUGCGGCAUGCAUUCAGGGUGAUACAAUAGCAGCUAGAACUGUUAUCCAGAAUUUAUCAAAUGACCUAGAAUGUGUUAUAAACAUGGCACCAAAUGGUGCAAACACUUUGCUGUUUGUAGCCUGUGAAAUGGGCCACAAGGACAUUGUACGACUUCUUCUAGACCAUGGUGCUGAUUGCAGGAUACAUCCAGUCACCAAAUACUCACCACUCUACAUAGCGUGUUACAAUGGAAAACUGGAAAUUGUAGAGCUUCUCCUACGACAUUUCCCCAAGCAGAUUCAAUCUGUUACUGUGGAAAGGUGGCUGCCAAUUCAUGCUGCAGCUAUAAACGGCCAUGUCCCAGUUAUAGAAAUUCUUCUGAAAUUUGAUUAUCCUCAACAUCUUCUUCAGCGUUACAAGGAUCCUAGUGGUGAAUUUGAGUAUGAAAUGCCCUUUGACAUUAACACUCAGGAUUUUACUGGCCAGAGUGUUCUCUACAUAAGCAGCAUGCUGGGAAAUGUGAAGAUAGUUGAGUUACUUCUAUGUCACAAAGUCAAAGCUAAAAAGAUUAAUGAAGAUGAAGUGACUAAUACUCAACCUUUAUCAACAUCCAAAAGACGAAUAUCAAGUGGUAUACAGAGACUCAUGUCUAGCUUAAAUUUUCGAUCUAAAUCUUUCGAAAAAAAGGAUGAUAAUUGCGUAUGUCCUUUGAAUUUAGAUUUAUAUUGCGUUAAUAACACUGAGACAUCAUUGCAUGCAGCUGUCAAGGCCAGGCAUACUGAGGUUGUUUCAGCUUUAUUGCAGGCUGGUGCCAAUCCCAAUUUACCUGUCAAAGUGUCCAAUGACCAAAGUGAUCCUGAGGUGAACUACUCAACCGUAUUGACAAUAGCAUGCCAAAAUCGUGAUGUCAAAAUCGCUGAUCUUUUAUUGAAACAUGGAGCCAUUGAUAACGAAUGCAAGGCUCUGAAGAUUGCUGCUCAGAAUAGAGAUGAAACACUAACUGCCAAAUUGCUGUCAAUCAAGGCACAUCCUGAUUCUGAGUACAAAAUCAACAAAAAGGCCAUGACAGAAAGUACCCAGACAUCGUCUCAUUUCUCAGCACUGUCAAACUUUGGUAAUGUAACUUACUCAGCAUUGUUUCCUAAUACACCGACUAUGAUCAACUGGCAUGAUCAACAGUGUAGAUUGUCGCAGAUCAGAUCGCAGUGGCUAGUGGACGCUGUGCUUCAUGUGAAUAAGAAACUCAACUCCAAAAACAACGAACUGGUUCUGUAUGCCAUAACUAGAAUCGACAUAUCCCAUAAUUCAAUUACCUCGGUGCCGUCCAUGAUUUUCUUUCUUCAAAGUCUCAGGUAUUUAAAUAUGGCGCAGAAUAAGAUCGACAGUCUAGUAGCAGAAAGUAAAAAUCCUAAAGAUAAGCUAUGUCCUGUCUUGGAAGAAAUGUAUCUCCAGGAUAACCGUCUCGAAUAUCUUCCCGAAUUCAUAAUGAACCUGCCAGCUCUAGAAAUCAUGGAUGUGUCAAAUAAUAAGCUUCAGUGUCUACCUGAUAAUCUGUGGAGGGCACCCAAAUUAAAGGAACUGAAUGCAUCCUUCAACCUUUUACGUGAUCUACCUAGUCAAGUAUCACAAAACAUCACUAGGAAGCCGCAGCGCGAGGAUUCAAUAAGUAACAGUCCAAGUAGUCGUAGUCUAACAUCACAAACUCAGAUUGGUAUGCCUAGGGAUGAUUCAGUGGAGUUCGAAUCAUUCACGAAGAUCGCCAACGCCCAAGUCAUCGAAAUGGAACGACCUCACCUGUGGACCGGUUCCGUCGAGGUCUCAGAGAAGCUGUCCGAAGAUAAUGAACCUGGCACAAGGUCUGUCCUGAGCUCACUCAACUUGGCACAUAAUCUUUUCAACAGCAUCCCCGUAUCGCUACCGUGCCUGGCGGUUAGCCUAGUGAGGUUGAACAUGGCAUAUAACUCCCUGAGGUCCAUGAGCCACAUCACGUCGUAUCCAGCUAGUCUAAAACAAUUGGACCUGUCGAACAAUCAAAUCUCAUGUUGGCCCAGUUUGCCUCAGGUCGAUGAUGGUGCUGACACUAUGGAACAGGCUGCUACUGCUUGCUACUGUCCUACUACCAAUGUUCAGUCACCAAUAGUUCCUAGUAAUAGACAGACUAUUCAAUCACUACGCGAUGUCGUACUUAUGUCAGUGUGUACUCAUAGACGUCACCUGAGACUGGAGAACCUAAGAACGCUGGUCCUCGCCAAUAAUUUGUUAACCAGGAUUCAGUUAACUUCUGUGGAUGAUGGUGAGAUGCCUAAUCUUGAGGAAGAGUCCAUCGACAAGGAUACCAAGAUCUCUUGUACUGGUUCGAAGUUAUACCUAUUAUUCCCUAAUGUUAGUAUGUUGGAUGUUAGCAACAAUCAGCUGCGGGAUAUACCUCAGAAUAUCUACGAGCUCAACAACCUCUCGGUGCUUAACAUAAGUGGAAAUACUGAUAUCACGGAGCUACCACCGCAAAUGGGGCUGCUAUCUCGACUCUGGAACUUAAAUACUCAAGGUUGUAGACUACAGGAACCAUUGAAGUCUAUGAUCGAUUCGAAGAAGUACAAAACUAUGGACGUGAUUGGCUAUCUAAAGUCAGUGUUGGAAGAUGCAAAACCAUAUGCUAGAAUGAAAUUAAUGAUAGUGGGUAUUCAAGGUAUCGGUAAGACCAGCCUAUUAGAACAAUUGCGGCAAGAAGGCGAAGUGCCGAACAAGAAAAAGGCAUCCGAGCACUGGGCGAAGAGGAUGGGUAACAAGAACAUCAACUCCAAGACAGCACGCGGUACAACCAUUUCGACAGUAGGAGUAGACAUUGGUGACUGGCUCUAUGAGAAGAAGGUUCGAGGUCAAUCACCUCAUGGAUCUGUAUAUUUCAGAACCUGGGAUUUUGGUGGCCAGAAAGAAUAUUAUGCAACUCAUCAGUAUUUUUUGUCUAAGAGAAGUUUGUAUCUUGUCGUCUGGAGGAUCACCGAUGGUUUCAAGGGCGUCUCUGAGAUAUUUCAAUGGUUAGUGAAUAUUCAAAGCAGGGCGCCGAAUUCACCGGUCAUCAUCGUAGGCACGCAUUAUGACAUGUCGGCUGAUCAGAGUGAGGUACUUCAGCAAUAUAUACGUGACAAAUUCAUCAAUGUUGUGGACGCUGAGAAAUGCGGCCUCCCGAAGGUCAUGGAAACUAUCGAGGUUAGUUGCAAGACCAGACACAAUAUAAAGAUGUUGUGCAACCUUAUUUAUGACGUUGUCUUUAGCCUACGUUCACCAGGUAGCAAGGAGCUUCUUUUGGAACAACGUGUUCCAGCUAGUUAUCUAGCUUUGGAGGAUGUGGUAGUACAACUUGCACACGAUCGGAAACUUUCCGGCGCAGAUCCAGUUUUGAAAGCUGAUCAGUAUUAUGCUGCUGUGAAUAACGAACUUCAGAAGUUACACAGAUCCUUUAGGGAUCCCGCCGAACUUCAUCAAGCUACUUUGUUCCUUCAUGACAAUGGAAUCAUUUUACACUACGAUGAUGCUACCUUAAAAGAUUUGUACUUCCUGGAUCCACAGUGGCUCUGUGAUAUGUUAGCACACGUAGUCACUAUACGGGAAAUCAAUCCAUUCGCCAGGUCAGGAAUUAUGAAGUUGGAUGAUAUUCAACAUGUCUUCAAGUCUUCCACCAUGUCCAGCAUAGAUACCCAAGGAUACAUUGUAAGUUUGUUGAAUAAGUUUGAGGUUGCCCUGACAUGGGAUUAUAGAACCUUGUUGAUACCAUCUCUACUACCAACUGAAGAAGACAUUUUGAGGAAUAAUCAGACGAUCAAGAUUCCCGUCAAGACCAGGAGUUGGCACGUACGCUCAAAGAAGAUCACAUCUCCUAUGUUCACAUUUCCUAGUGCUACUUCUUCCGACCGAGCUAAUUCUGAAUGUGUCCUCACUUCGAGACCACAGCCUGAUUGCUCCGUAUGUAGACUUCUGCUGAUGUCCUACUUUCCAAGUGGUUUCUGGUCUAGACUUAUCACCAGAAUACUUGCUGACGACGCCAUAGUCGAGAUCGUCAUGUCUUUCUUGGCGCCUUUCAAGGACUUCGUUGAUGACAGGAUUUUCGCCAGUCUCCUGGACACUCAUGCUGAUUGGGUACUUUGGCAGACUGGUAUAGAACUACGUUACGCUGGUAUCACCCUCUUGCGUCUCAAAGAAGUUAACAAUAAUCUUAAGAACUCACCUUACGAUUACAGGCAGUUCAAAUUCAAAUUGAAGCAGGAUGGCAUCUGGUGUACGGUGGAUUUGAAAAAUUCAGCGAUUCUUGAAAUCUGGUUCCCAGUUGACACCCUGGUUAUCAAACAGCCUAUAAUGUCUGACUCCGCUGACGAGGAUGAGCCAAUGGGAUACCAGGCAAUCGUCGUGGAACCACGUCCGGAGAGUAUGCCUCAACUACUAGCUCUCAUCGUGGAUCACAUAGACAUCCUCCUCGAAGAUUGGUAUCCAACUUUGGGCACACGUUUUGUUCACACCUCCGAAGGCAAACUUCUAGUCACCAGACUUAUACCUUGUCCAAGAUGUCUACUUAGCAAUUCCGAUUCUGAUACCGAUUCUAAUGAUCAAGAACACGUAGCUGAAGACAUCCAGAAAUAUUAUCUAAAUCGUGAAAGACAAAGUCAGGAUAGUUACAAGUCAGACGGCGAUAGUGGGGUCGGUUACGACAGCUCUACUUCGAGCAGAAUGCCAUCCUUGGAAGGACAUCCAGAUAUUUCUAGAACGAAUUACCAUUCGGAAGGUAUACUGGCCUACUCGUGGAUGGUUGAGGAAUGUAUAUUGUCUGCCUACAGUAAUAAGAGUAUCAUAUGCCCAAAACACUCCGACAUACCACUUUCUCAUGUUUCUCCGGAUAUAAUAUUUAUGGAUCUGGGUGCCAGGCAUUUGAUAAAACCAGAGGAUGUUAAGAGAGGUCGUAUGCUUGGUCGUGGCGCCUUCGGAUUUGUCUUCAAAGGCACUUGUCGUCUACCAGGUAGUCAUAUCAGAACCGACGUAGCCAUGAAGAUGUUGCAACCUGUACCACCAGGUCCCAACUCCAGACAAUCAGCUAUUCUUGCAUAUAAAGCUGCACAAAGUAAAUGGGAUCGUGAUCCACUUCAGUACGCUUGCAAAGCCUACUGUACUGCCAGGCAAGAAUUGAAUAUCCUUUUGACUUUAAGACAUGCCAAUAUAGUUCCUCUUAUCGGUAUUGUUAUCAGUCCUCUGGCACUGAUCCUUGACCUAGCUCCAGAAGGUGCCCUGGACAACGCCCUCAAGAACUACAGACGUUGUGGAGCCAAAUUAGAUCCUUCUACACUUCAGGCCAUCAUCCUGCAGGUAGCCAAAGCCGUAGAAUACUUACACCAGCAACACGUCAUAUACAGAGAUCUCAAGUCUGAGAACGUCCUGGUCUGGCAAAUGCCAGUACCAUUCCAAGAUCAUCCUGAACAUCCAGUCCACGUAAAAGUAGCUGAUUAUGGUAUCUCCAGACUGACAUUACCAUCUGGGGCAAAGGGUUUUGGCGGUACCGAAGGCUUCAUGGCUCCUGAGAUCAUCAAAUACAACGGCGAGGAAGAGUAUACCGAGAAAGUAGAUUCUUUCUCAUUCGGUAUGUUCAUCUACGAGCUGGUGACACUUCGUCAACCUUUUGAAGGUCAUGAAUCUGUUAAGGAAUGUAUAUUAGAAGGUGGCAGACCACCUCUGACCUAUAGAGAGACUUUGCAUCCUUGCUACGCACUUGAUCUUAUGGUGAUAUGUUGGUCUCAGAAUCCUAAAGACAGACCCACAGCCAGUCAGAUAGUCUCAAUUGCAUCAGCACCAGAGUUCACGCACUUGAUCGACGUGACCUUACUCACGGAAAGAACACAGGUUACAGCAAUAACUAUGACCUCCCGACCUUUAGAAGACAAUAUGAAUGGCGAUGAGAUUUGGCUAGGACAUAAUAAUGGCGAGGUCGAUAUGCUUCUGACAACUCAAAAAGGAUUUCUUCAGCAUGUUCGAAUCGAAACACCUGUAAUACCAUAUGCAAUGUGUGGUCUUGAUGGUUACAUAUGGAUAGGUGAUAAUACCGGUCAAAUUCAUGUCUAUCUGGGCAGCAACUUUGCUUGCGUUGGCAGCUUUCACAUGGAAAAAGAUCAUAAUAAGGAGUCAAAGGUCGUCGGUCUGAUACAUCUUGAACAAAUCAAGCAUUUUGCAGUGGCAUUACACAGUGGUCGACUCUACCUUCUAUCUAACACCUUCACCCAAAUGAAAAAGACGGAGAUAAACAUUGACCUGAUUGAAAACAUCAAAACCUACUCAUUGGCAGCUGUAUACAAGAAAAGACGCUUCUUGGAGCUUUGGGUGGGUCAGAGCUUUGGAAAAAUUUCCAUUUACGUUUUAAAGGAUGGUAACUUGGUCGACAGUACCAGCACGAUGCACGUUUCCGGUGAAACAGCCAGUAAAAAUCUCUUCGCCACGUACCUACUAAGUGCUGAUAAUUCUGUACUCUCAUACACGUAUCCUGGCUGCGUCGUAUAUCAAUGGGAUGUAGACACCAGGCAAAUAAUCAACAAGCUUGAUAUGUCUAAGCUGGUACCUUGUUCAGAGAGUCUUAAGUCGAUCUCCAUUGAGGAGAAUCUCACCACGGAAAAGUGUCAAGUCACCGCCCUGGAGACUUGCAUGAAUCAAUUGUACAUUGGUACUACAUGGGGAUGUAUCGUGGUAGCUGAAUGCAACUCUCUCAGACCAAUUACCGUCUUCAGACCCUUUGAGGGCAAAGUCUGCCAAAUUAUAUCCUUCAAAUCUGCCGACAAGAAGAAACUUAUCUUGGCUACAGUUGGUCAGGGCUAUAGAAGCCUCAUCUCCAGGUAUACUGACCUCCGCAUCGACAGUCUUGAAGACGAAGAUCUGAGACACAAUAUGUACACGUUACUUUGGAGAUCGGAACACUGGUCCGCAGCCUAAAAUUACACAGCAGGUUAAUCAUGGCGCCUAUCGCAAUAACCUUUAUUAAUAUCUCCUUUGUAAAAUCGCUUUUCGCUAUUAGCUGUUAGAACUUGUUUUGGCGAUUAGACCUUGCAGUGGCUGUUAGAUGCAAAUGACAUUGCAAGUGGGAUGUCCCUAUCUCGUACGAACGUGAUAAUCAAAGGGACGACUGGAAAUUAGAAACCUAUACGAACUCGCAAGCCUUGAUGGCCUCAUAUGAUACUCAUCAGUGAAGUUCAUUGUAUAUUCAUUUGAGGUAUUAUAACGGACUCGACAAUGAAUACUUUAUAUUCGUCCAUCAAUUGAGAUUACUCAUUAGAUUUAAUUCGUAUAAAAAUUCGCAAAUUUCUAAUUUUAAAUAUGAAUAGGUAUAUUUAUUAGGAUUAGUAGAGCGAAAUUGUUUCUCUCUAGAGUUGAAAAAAAAGUUCAUCAUGCUUACGACUGAGGUACUGCUGCUGCUUUAGAAAGUUUUAUUUUUUUUACUCCUUUGUCUUUUCUUGCCGUGUAGAACACCAAGUAUCGGAUCACAUAAUGUACAUCCGUGAGAAUGCUCUAUUUUAUUAUUUAUCAUUUAUCAUAACUCAUCACUUGGAUCAGGAUUUAGUAUUGCGCCCAGAUUGCCUAAUGUUUGUUACUUUACUUAGACUGACUUUCCUAGUGUUUAGGUAGUCAUAUCCUAUUUUUUAAAUAAUGUACAGUAAGAUCUCUCGCACUGUUGCGCUUUCGCAUAGCUAAUUUGGUUCUUGUUAAUAAAUUUGACCACCAAUGACAAUGGCAUAUAUACGUGAGUCCUACAAGAAAAAGGAGACAGACAAUACAUAAAUAAGCCGUAAAUUUCUGAACCAAUUUCGUAAACAAUAGGAAUAACAAGUUAUUGCAAUGAAAAAGUAACACUGGAAGAUAUCUUAUAGUGGAUUAUAUUAUACAUUAUGUUGUACUGUUUAUCAUACACAGAUAAGAUAAUUUUAAGACGUUUUACACAGAGCCUGACAUUCAAUUCUCUGGAAUACUGAUGCUGCUCUUAAACAUUGUGCAACUAUUGAUCUCUUUAAAUCAAUUAAACUUAUAAUUUUUUAAUAAUUACUACGUAUAAGUAUUAGAUUAGAGGACAGGAAGAAUUCUUAGAUUUCAAAUUUACACAUACAUCCUGGAUUAAAACUUAUAUUUAUACAUUAAAGUAGUCUAUAUCCAAAUUACAUAUAUGUCACACAAUAGUUUUGUCCAGGGCUUUUUCCAGUGGAGUCAGCGAAUAUUCAAUAACAUUAUAAUCUUUGUCAAUCAGAAAGUAGCCCUCAAAUUGUUCACCACGUAACAUAUACGGGAACCAGUAUGGAUCGUCUGGUAGCAUAUUGACAAAGGGUAUGUUAUUGAUGUCAUACCGUUCCGGCUGCAUUUCUAGAAAAUUAAAUCAAGAACGAUAGAAUUAAAUUUGGAAUUUUAUUCACUGCAUACGAGUAUUAAUAGAUAGAUGUUAAAGCAUCUAAGUGACUUUGCGUCCACGUUGAACUAUUUUGAAAAUUGUGAUACUCACGUAAUACUCUUUAACGAUUCUAAUUAUUUAUAUCAAUGGCAUUUUAGUGUUAGUGAUUAAUUUUUCUUAGUAAUUGUUAUUACCGUCGGAUUCCUGUAUUUAACCAGUAUACUCGCUGGUCACGUACACGUAGACUUUCACCACUGAUGGAUCGCCGACAGUUUGAUAUUUUAGGAGCCCAUUAUAAGUAAGAUUUUUUGCUAUCAGUCCGCAUUCUUCUUCUAGUUCUCUGUUGGGCAAAAAAAAAGUCAUAUAAAUUUUCCCUCGAUCAUAUUGGAAUUAGUGACUUAUUAUUAGCAUGUAGGUACUCAUACUUUUUCAGAUAUAACGUCAAUAAUUAGUUUAAGAAUUUACUUUGGCGUUCACUUUUGCAAAAGGUUGUUUUCGUUAUUUUUUUUUUUACAAAAAUUUUCCUCCCUAAUAAAUUAAUAUUAAGGCUACGUUUUCUCAUUGCUAACUUAUUAAUUGCCUUUCACUAACAUUUAUUCGAAAUACUUCAAAAUGAUACAUGUACAUAUAUACAUACUAGAAUAGGCAUAGGACGUAUAUCGUAUAUGUAUAAUAUAGUUAUUUCAAAUGAAUUAAUCAUUCAUUUGAAAAUUUGUCUAUUGACAUUCGGAAAUUUGUCUAUUAUUUCGGUCCAAUUACAUUGCAUUGUUCGCAAAACUGAGAAGAGAUCAAAUAAACUGUAAAUGAAAGAAAGUAUGUAAAGUACUGGUAAAAACGAGUACUGUACAUACAUAGUAUAUGAUCUUAUUGUGUGGUGGCUUAGCCCUAAGAUAGUCAUAACACUUAAUUAAUGUUGCUUAAUAAUGAUAAGCAGAUAAAUUCUUAUAGUCAUUAAUGUUUUGAUACCGUAGAUGUUAAUGACAGUUAAUAUUAAAUUUUUCAUCGAAUACGAAUAUUUGUUAAUCGUAUCGAAAUAUUGAUUUCCGGAUUUCAACAAUAUAUAGUGGAUAUAGUCAUUGUUGUUGGAUGUAUUUGUGAUAUUGUUGUUGUUGAGUUAAAUAAAAAUUGAAAGUCUCAAAUUGUCUGAUUAAACAAUAAUUGUACAGAUAACGUCAAAAGUGUUAAUUAUCAUUCUUUGUAUUUCGUAGAAAAUAAAAACGGAUUGGACGCUGAA